AUGACUCAGAAGAUAGUGAACCUACAGAGGAUAGCGAACGAUAAGACGAGGAUUACAACUUACAAGAAGAGGAAAGCUAAUCUUUACAAGAAGGCAGCGGAGUUCUCAACUCUAUGCGGCGUCAAAACAUGUCUCAUCGUCUACGGCCCCACUAAGGCGACCGAUGAGGUGGUUUCCGAGCCAGAGAUAUGGCCGAGGGACGAGACAGAAGUCAGAGACAUCAUACGCAAGUACAAAGACAGUGUGUCCAACACCUGCAAGAAAGAAACCCACGUGGAAACUUUCGUUAACGAUUUAGGGAAAGCCAAGGAUAUGGGGACUACUAAUAAGAGGGUGCCUAGGAGUAGUGAGAAUAAGUAUUGUAGCUGGGAACAGAAGCUAGACAAGUGUUCAAGAGAGCAGCUAUGUGGGAUAUUCUGUGCCGUGGAUAACAAGUUACACGAAGCUGCGAUGAGACAGGAACGUAGUAUGUUUAUGGCUCAUCAUCAAGCCAUGGACACACCAAUCCAGCAGAGUUUAAUGGAACAACAUUACAUGCAACAGUACUUACCUGAGCAGCCACAGUUCCAAGGGUUCCCUAAUAAUUACAACAAUAUGGGUUUCUCGUUCAUCCCACCUCAUGAUGAUCAGAUUCAAAUGGACCCGAUUCUCAUGGAGAACUUAACCAGCUUGGGGUUAAAUCAAGGCUUGAUGAUGUCAAAGGGAAACGAUGUUACUCAGUUGAUGCAGAGGCAAGCACAACCUUAUUAUAAUCGUGAACCGGUUGUACAAAGGCCUGCGGCUUAUAAUGUUAACCCUUUCGCGGGAUAUCAAGUCCCGUUUAAUAUUCCUUGGGAUCUUUCAGGGAAGAAAACGAUUUGA